UGCCGCCGCCCUUCCUCCCCCCUCCUCCUCAUUGCUCAAAUACGUUUUGAACGGGACAUUUCAUCCUCACCACCGAAAGAAGAGCAGAAAUGCUAAGCAGUAGAACCCGCACCAUCGCGAUAUCAGUGUUUGCUAAGAGACCCGCGGCGGUCAUGUUGGUUCCGCUGCCCAGCGUUAGGAAGUUCAGCCAGAGCCCAAACAUGUCUCAAGAUGGUGAGCGUGUUGCUGGUGGCAAGAAGCCCGUCAACUUUGGCGUCGUCGUGUUCCCGGCAUUCCAGGCGCUCGACGUCUUCGGCCCGCUGGACGCCCUCAACCUGCUGUCUCGGUCCUACAACAUGAACCUGUACACCAUCGCCGACACGCUGGAGCCCGUGUCAACCAAGCAGAGAACCACCGCGGCCGGCGGCGGCGGCGGCAGCACCAGCCAGCCCGCUACCGUGGCCUCCGACUUCGGCCAGCGCAUCGUGCCCACGCACACCUUCCAGACGGCGCCGCCGCUCGACGUGCUCAUCGUCCCGGGGGGCCAGGGGACGCGGUACCCGGGCAUCACCACGGCCGUCGACUUCGUGCGGGAGCGGUUCGGGUCGCUGCAGUACCUGCUCACGGUCUGCACGGGCGCCGGGGUGGCGGCGCGGGCCGGGGUGCUCGACGGGCGGCGGGCGACGACCAACAAGCUGUCGUGGGAGCAGACGAUCGCGCUGCGGCCGCAGGUGGACUGGGUGCACAAGGCGCGCUGGGUGCGCGACGGGCACGUCUGGACGUCGUCGGGCAUCAGCGCGGGCAUCGACCUGACCUUUGCGUGGAUCGCCGCCGUGUACGGGAGCGAGGUCGCCAAGAACAUCGCCGACCGGAUGGAGUACACGCCGGUCGAGGACCCGAGCUGGGACCCCUUUGCCGACCUCUGGGGUUCGAAGAAGUAGUGUGUGUGUAGGAGGAUUCGGAAAGUUGAAGGCAUAAGCAAGAACAUCUCACACUCUUGCGUUUUGCAAAGCUUGAAUUUUGUAGGGAGAUUGAGAGGCGUAGCAUGCAUGAAUCUGAGUUUCGUUAU